AUGAUGGCGAGCAUCCCGUUUGAAGAUUACCUUGCAACAAAUGCCGUUGCAUUUGAAUGGGCUGAUAGCAUCGACAAAAAGGAGUGGAACCGCUUUCAACGUAUCCUAGCGCCAACCCUGAUGGUGGAUUACAGCAUCAUCGGUCAACAGUGUUUCCCUGACAUGAAAGCCGAGGACUUCCUCGCUAUGAUGAGCUCUCCUACACUCGUAGGAGAUCCCCUGGUCCGCACUCAGCACCUACUGGGUGGUGCUAGAUAUGAGAAGGUAUCCCACUCUGAAAUAACGGCGGUUCAUCAAAUUCGUGCUGCACAUCAGCGGUAUGUGGACAUUGAUCGGACUACGGUUGCUUACCAGGGCCAUAAUUAUGGCAGCGUGAAGCAUUGGUAUAAGAGGAUUGAUGGUGUUUGGAAGCUUGCCGGCGUCCAACCGGAGAGUUAUUGGCUUGAGCAUGACUUUGAUAAGAUCUUUCAACAGUAA